AAAAGGGCGAUGACUCACACGACCUAAUGCCCAUAAUCACCAAAAGGAAGGCUCCAGAUCAACAAACACGUUUGCCAUCUACAACUCGUAUGCAAUGGAGUCCCGUCAACACGUAGUGUUGCCUCCAGACCGGUAUCCAGUCACAAUCAUCACUCUACGCGUCGAUGCAGGGCAAAAUGUCCAGAAGGAUGAUGUCCUGGGUAUUUAUGAAUACCAAGGUACAGUCAUGGUCAAGGAUCGCGAAUCUCAACAGGAAAGGCCGGUGCAGAAAAGAGUGAAAGAGGAAUUGCGAUCACAGUGGACAGGCAGAAUCGAUAAAGUAGCCGUGCAACCAGGGCAGACGGUGACAGAUCCACGGGAACCAUUAGCGAUAGUUGUGGAGCCAUGCGGACAUCUCAUUCAAGUCCGUGGAAUUUGCGCAACAUGCGGAAAGGACUUGAGCAUAGGCGACUACAUGGGAAAUGAUAUGACCCGAGCGACAAUCAAUAUGGCGCACGAUGCUCUUGGAGUUACAGUCAGUCGUGAUGUAGCCGAAAAACUUGACAAGGAUACAUCAGAGCGUUUGCUGAAGGAACGAAAGCUGACCCUUAUCCUCGAUCUUGACCAAACCGUCGUCCACGCAACCGUGGACUCUACUGUAAGAGAAUGGAAAGCCGAUCCAUCAAAUCCUAAUUACCCAUUCUUACAGGACGUACACGUAUUUGGCAUACCGCACUAUCAGACGCACUACGUUAAGCUACGACCAGGCACCCGGGAAUUUCUUGCCGAUAUGAAUAAAAUUUUUGAAAUGCAUAUUUACACUAUGGGAUCUCGUGCCUACGCGAACAAAAUAGCUGAAAUUAUCGAUCCUGACCGUACUUUAUUUAAGAAUCGCAUCCUCUCGCGCGAUGAAAAUCUCAGCCGCUCGUUCAAGAGCAUCCAAAGACUCUUCCCUAGCGAUCAGUCCAUGGUUGUGGUUCUGGACGAUCGCUCCGAUGUGUGGCACUGGUCCCCUAACUUAUACAAAAUCCUACCAUUUACAUUUUUUGUGGGCACGGGAGAUAUCAAUGCGCUCCCGACAGAUCCACCGCCAGCGCAGCGAAGGCCCUCAUUAAAUGCUGGAGGUCUCAACUCAGGUCCUGAUGAAAAGAGCGAUGAGGUGGAGGAAGUAGAAGAAUCUCAAGAGGUCCUGGCUCAGCUGGAAGAUGCCCAACACCAUGCACUUGAGGAAUUGGAAAAGAAUCGGCCCUUACAAAAGUUAAGCGAGGAGACGGAAAAGGAUGAAGAGACGGAGCCGAUGAAUAUUGAUGAAUCGCGAGCUGGUGCGGAGCAAGCCACUCCCACAUCUGUGACUCAACCUCCAGCGGACCAUCAAGGGCAGAGUCCCAGAACGCAACGACGGCGACCUGUGCUUUCCGAAAACGAUCGUGAACUCGACAGGGUGAAGCAAGUGCUGCUAGACGUCCACAAGAUGUUCUAUGAUGUGCAGGAUAAAGAGCAUGCGGCACCGGACGUGCGUAAGAUAAUGUCACAGGCAAAAUCAGAAGUAUUACAAGGGGUGAAGGUUGUCUUCAGUCUUGUCUUUCCAACAAAUGUGGACCCAUCCACGCAGGAUUUAUGGCUUGGGGCCGAGCAUUUUGGAGCGAGAUGUUCCUUGGAACUUACAGAUGAUGUUACGCAUGUCGUAACUGUUGAGGAUUGUAGCAAACUGAUGGUAGUAGAAGCGACAAAGUGAAGCGGGCGCGUCAAAUGCCGGGAGUGUUCGUAGUGAAGCCAGAAUGGCUAGUACAUUCUAUCAGUCGCUGGGAACGCCAGAAAGAAGCAGGGUACCUUUUGGAGAAAGUCUGCAGGGGUCCACCCCCUUCCAUCGAAACCGCGGGAAUGUCCGAGUUGGAUGAAGAUGAUGAGGCAAUAUUGUCAGGCCGAUGGGAACAUGAAAACGACAUAUACCUGAAACUAGGCCAUGACGAUAUUGAAGCCAUGAACAGGGAGAUCGAGGACGCAUUGGCGGAUGAUUCUACAGAAGAGGGUGAUGGUGACGCUAGCCAACAGUCUGAUUUCGACCUGGACGCGGCGUUAGAUGCCGAAUUUGACGCGUUAUUGGAGGAAGAUGAUACGCAGGAGAGCGUGAAGAAGCGAACAUCCGACGAAGCAGGACUGAACCGACUCCGGGAACCAACAUCUCCACCAAGUCCGUCGUCUCUUCCACCGACGAAAAAAACGAGAACGGACGACGCAGAUAUCAUAAAAUAAUCUUCCCAGUGAUGGCUGCGCUUUAAUGGGGCAUCGAUGAAAUGGUCGGGUCAUACAACGAUGAAUGAUGCCAGCCGUUGUGGAUGGAUGGAGAUCGGAAACGGUUUUGAUCACCGUGGUGUGACUGUACAGUUGUAUAUUGCUUAAUUUGAUGGGCGGGUGACGCCUGUAUACCAAUGGAGCGUCCUGCGGACACUUUAGAGAUUGCCGCUCUGGCUGAAUGAAUGUAAUAGCGGUCGAUAGUGAUGCUGUCAGGGGGUUGACCGGUCAGGAAUGAAAACCUUGAGCGCUUCCCUCACGGCAGCUUCAUCUCCUUGAAAUUUUCCUUUGUCGUCACUCAGUUUUACGAC